UGUAUUAGAUCAGUUUCCCUAGGGUCGUCUCUCUGCUAAGGCUCCAUUGGUGUCUCCGCAAAGGAUUUAUGGGCAAGUCUAAUCAUAAAAAACACAAGCACAAUCACAAGCAACCUCUAUUUUUCUCCGAGUUUGCUCACAAAUCUACAGAGUUGCUUACAAAGGGUUACUACAGAGGCCAGAUAUUUAGCUUCACAACCCACAAAGAUCUACUGGACCUUACUUCAACCAUUGCAAGUAAUGGAAGACACACAACUGCAGGUGUGGUAGGAGCAUACCCAUAUAAAAAUGCAACCUUUAGAGUUGGAGUUGACAAGGAUUUAAAAAUUGCAGCAAACUUCACUGUAAGUGAGAAGUUUCUUUCAGGCACAAAGACUACAGCUUCAUUGAGCUUCCCUGAUUACAAAUCUAGCAAGCUCAAAUUUCAAUGUCUCCGAGAAUAUGCUGCUCUAGCCAUGUCUGUUUCUCUGAACCAGUAUCCUGCAAUCAAAUUUUCAGCUGCUGUUGGUUCUUCAAGUGUUGCCCUUGGCAUGGAGGCAGAGUUCAUGACUACUUCUAGAUGUUUCUCCAAGUGCAGCGCAGGCAUUAACAUGAAGGGUCUCAAUUGCAAUGCUUCAAUAAUUCUGGAAAACAAAGGUGACUUGCUAAAUGCAUCAUAUGUUCAUUAUCUUGAUCCAGAGAAGAGGAAUGCAGCAGUGGUACAGUUCACUCAAGAACUCUCAACAAAGAGAAGCACCUUAACCGUUGGAGGAUCAUGUGCUGUUGAUAGUCAUACAGCAGUGAAGGCUAGACUCGAUGAUCGAGGGAGGUUAAGAACUAACCUAAGGUACAAUUUCAGACCCAAGUCAUGCUUGUCUAUCUCUGGAGAGUUCAACACCAAGGCAGUUGACAGGAGUCCUAAAAUUGGUCUGGAACUUGCUAUUGAUCUCUGAAAACUUUCUAAAUUGGCGACAUGUACAUGCCACUAAUGGAAAUCUUAGUUCCUAACUGAUAUCUUGUUGCUUGCUAUGAGAUAUGAGGUCAUUAGAUGUUGUCACAGAUACAAAUACUUAGUUCUAGAUGAAUUUGUAAGAUGAAAAAGUUGACGAUUCAUCAGCUUUCCUACUCUUGAUAUAAUUGAGAAAGUUGUAGACAUUCACUUUACUACUGUCAAUGAAUGCAAUUUGUAUGA